CAUCGCAUGUGAAAGUGAUUAAUUACAUUGUCUCGUCACCGUAAACAAAAAACGAUGCUGGCGCAGAUUGUUCUUGUGCUUUGUUUGGCUGCCAUGGCAAGAGCAGCUGAUGAUUGUCCUAUAGUGCCAAAUUGCGCUGAAUACCAUGUCAUGUGCCCCCGGAACUAUGAGCCUGUGUGUGGUACCGACGGAAAAACAUACUCAAAUGAGUGCAUGCUGUGCAUGAAAACUUUGGAGAAAAAGGACAUCAUAUUAAUUUCCAAAUUAAGUAAAUGCUGAGCCAGAUCCACUCACUUUAUUCUGGAUGGGGCAUAAAGACUGG